UUAUUGUAUCCAUGGGACCGGCAUACAGAAUGGGGCGUGAAUCUAUUUUUAUUCCUAAUUCAAUCGUCGAAGCAAUAGGUUUUAACCCACCAUCUUCACUUAUUCUGUUAAGCAAGUUCGUCUCAUCAAAAAUCUACAAUAAAUGGCCUGCAAAAAGUUCUUAACCUUUAACAAUGGCGAGAAGAUGCCCGUGAUAGGCAUUGGCACCUGGCAGGCAUCCGAUGAGGAAAUUGAAUCAGCCAUCGACGAGGCUCUGGAGGCAGGUUAUCGUCAUAUAGAUACGGCUCCAGUUUACAGAAAUGAGAAGGCCAUCGGAAGGGUUCUCAAACGCUGGCUGGACUCUGGAAAGGUCAAGCGGGAGGAGCUUUUCAUUGUGACGAAGGUGCCACCUGUUUCCAACCGACCUCAUGAGGUGGAGCCCACAAUUAGGAAGUCGCUGGCUGAUUUGGAGUUGGAAUACGUGGAUCUAUAUUUAGUGCACACUCCCUUUACCAUCAAUAUCAACGAGGAUGGCAGCUUUAAGCUUGACAAGGAUGACCUGAUAGAGGUGGACGUGACCACCGACCACGCCGCUAUCUGGGUGGCAAUGGAGGCGCUGGUGGAAAAGGGUCUUACCAAGUCCAUUGGCAUAUCUAACUUCAGCAAGGACCAGCUGGCCCGCCUACUGAAGAACUGUAAGAUCAGGCCGGCCAACAACCAGAUCGAACACCAUGUUUACCUGCAGCAGCGUGAUCUGGUCGAAUUCUGCCAGUCUGAGAACGUAACCGUAACCGCCUACUCCCCGCUGGGAUCCAAGGGCAUUGCCAAGUUUAAUUCGGGUGCCGGCAUCGUGAGGGAUCUGCCCGAUCUAAUGGACAUCCCCGAAGUCAAGGAGGUUGCUGCCGCUCAUGGCAAGACACCUGCUCAGGUACUGCUCCGCUGGAUCAUCGACACUGGUGUGUGCGCCAUUCCCAAGAGCACAAAUCCCGAUCGGCUCAAGCUGAAUUUAAAUGUAUUCGACUUCGAACUAACCGCGAAGGAGGUGGCCAAGUUGUCCAGCCUGGAUCAGAACAUUCGCAUCUGUGACUUCGCAUUCUUCCAUGGUGUGGAACGGCAUCCGGAGUUUACCUUUAAAAAUCAGUACACCAAUUAAACAUUAACUCAUAUAUAUAUUAAAAGACUUAAAAAAUGGAAAAAAAUAUUUGAUGAAAACUUUAUUACACUAUAUAAAAAGUUGGAUUUAUUAAAUUUUUUUCAUAAAACUUUUACGUUUUAUCCACA